AUGGUUCAGACAUUAUACAACAAUGGCGCUAAUGCAAUAUGGGAGCACACUCUGCUGGACCCGUCAUCCAUCAUGAGCAGCAAACGCAAGCCCAAUCAUCAGGAUAAACUCCACCCCAACAAGGCAGACUUCAUCAAAGCAAAGUAUCAAAUGCUGGCUUACGUCCAUCGUUUACCAUGUCGAGAUGAUGACAGUACAGCUGCCGCUGAUCUAAGCAAGCAACUUCACUCCAGUGUUCGAACAGGCAAUCUUGAGACUUGUUUGCGGUUACUGUCUCUUGGGGCUCAAGCUAACUACUUUCAUCCGGAGAAAGGGAACACCCCGCUGCACAUCGCGGCUAAAGCAGGUCAAGUGUGCCAGGCUGAGCUUCUGUGCGUUUAUGGGGCAGAUCCUGGAGCUCCAGACUCCAGCGGCAAAACACCCAUCAACUAUGCAAGGCAGGCUGGCCAUCAGGACCUGGCAGACAGACUGGUGGAAAUACAAUACGAGCUGACAGACAGGCUGGCCUUUUACCUCUGUGGGCGGAAGCCUGAUCACAAGAGUGGACAGCAUUUCAUUAUACCACAGAUGGCAGACAGCAGUGUGGAGUUAACAGAGUUUGCUAAAGCUGCAAAAAGAAAACUACAGUCUCUCAGCGAUCAUUUGUUUGAGGAAUUGGCAAUGGAUGUUUAUGAUGAAGUGGAUCGACGAGAGACAGAUGCAGUUUGGCUGGCCACUCAGAACCACAGCACCUUGGUAACAGAGACAACAGUUGUGCCUUUCCUUCCUGUCAACCCUGAGUACUCAUCAACACGAAACCAGGGAAGACAAAAGCUGGCAAGAUUCAACGCUCAUGAAUUUGCCACACUUGUGAUCGAUAUUUUAAGUGAUGCAAAGCGACGCCAGCAUGGAAAUCCAGUCCCAAGUCCUAAAGACAAUGUUGAUGUAUUCUUCAAAAGUGGGGGCAGCCGUCAUGGAAGUGAAAGUCAGGAAAUUGACCAGCCAGAUUAUGACAGCGUGGCAUCUGAUGAGGACACAGAUACUGAUUUACGAAUGGGCAAAGCAGACAGAACUAAAAGUCUGGACUCGGAUCUCUCUGAUGGACCGGUUUCUGUGCAGGAGUUUCUGGAUGUGAAAAACGCACUCUCAGCCUCCGAGGCCAAAAUUCAGGAGCUGAUGAAGGCCAACAGUAAUCUGAAUGAAGAGCUGAGAUUAAUGCAGAAAAAGCUGCAGUCUCUGCAAAGCGAGAACAGCUCUCUGAGGCGGCAGGUCUCUGCUCAACAGCCCUAUCAGGCCCCCGGCGGCCCUGACCAUCCCAAUCCCUCCAGUCCCUCCUCCUGUUCCUCCUCCUCCUCCUCCUCUGCCCUGAAACGCCACCUGUCUGCGCGCGCCAGUCGCCCCAUGUCUAUGUAUGAAACCGGCUCUGGCCUGAAGCCCUUUCUCCCCAAGGGCGAGACCCCUUACCCUGAGGAGACCUUCCCCACCCUGCAACCCUUCCCAGCCUAUGCCUCUAAAUUUGACAAGCAGAGCAGCGUAUCCGAUGGCGACUACGACAACACCGUCAACGAAUCUGAUCUGGACGACUCCGGUUUUGGCCGGAGAUGUCGCCUUCGCAGCAGUGGCUGGCUGGGAGAAAGCGGCUCUAUCCCUGAGCUGGAGGACCACGAGUUUGAGCUGGACCCCAGUCUACCCAGCACCGAAGACGUCAUCCGGAAAACUGAGCAGAUCACUAAAAACAUCCAGGAGCUGCUGAGGGCCGCGCAGGAGAACAAGCAUGAGAGUGCACCAUGUGAGCAGAGGGAGAGUGUCCGCAGACUUAGACACAGUCUUGGUUGUUUCAGCACACUGGUGCCUUGGGCAGACAAACCCCCGUCUCCCAUGCAGCCCCUCGGCCUCAGAGCUCCCCAUCCAGCCAACCCCAACAACCCUGCCUCCUGCUUUGUACCCUGCGCAGAAAGAAUACAUGUGGCUGUGAAUGAGAUGGCGGCUCUGUUCCCCAAGAGACCACGCUCUGAGACGGUCAGGAACUCUCUGCGAUUAUUAACGUCCAGUGCGAAUCGGCUCCAGACCGAGUGUAAGAAAGCAUCUCCUCUGGAGAGCAGUCCUGCCUCAGACAUGCAGUUGGUCACUCAACAGGUCAUCCAGUGUGCUUAUGACAUCGCCAAGGCUGCAAAGCAACUAGUUACUAUAACCACCAAAGAGAACAACUGAUCUUACUUCCACCUGAAAUGCAAUCCUGACUAUUUUAGUUAUUUUAUCAUUGUCAACUGAGAUUUGUUUUUAUUUAAUCUAAGCUGUAUUUGCAUGUUUUUAGUUCUAAUUUAACGUGAACGUUAUCAGUGUAUCAUCGUAUGGCUUGAAGCCGUAAGAGAAAUCCUCUUGAGGGUGUUGUGUAAGGAUGUGUAUGUGUUGACCUGUGAAAGUGAGUUUGAUUAGAUGGCAAGUUGAGAGAUUUGAGCAGAAAUGUAUUCGCAAUGGAGCAGCCAAUCAUGUACUAGAUGUAAAAGAAAAUGCCUGACUCUUUGCACUAUUCUGAAAACUUUGAAUGCCGUUACCUCUUCAUAAUCAAAUAAAGUGCAUCCAUAAAGUAUUCAUAGCACUUCAAUUUUUCCACAUUUUUUAUGUUACAGCUUUAUUCCAAAAUGGAUUAAAUUCAUUUAUUUCCUCAAAAUUCUACACACAAUACCCCAUAAUGACAAAGUGAACAAAGAUUUUUGAAAUUGUUGCAAAUUUAUUAAAAAUAAAAAAACCUGAAAAAUCACAAGCUAUUGCCGUGAAGCUCUAAAUUGAGCUCAGGUACAUUCUGUUUCCACUGAUCAUUCUUGAGAUGUUUCAGCAGCUUAAUUGCAGUUUACCUGUGGUCAAUUCAGUUGAUUAGACAUGAUUUGAAAAGGCAUACACCUGUCUAUAUAAGGUCCCAGGGUUGAUAGUGCAUGUCAAAGCACAAACCAAGCAUGAAGACAAAGGAAUUGUUGGUAGACCUCCGAGACAGGAUUGUCUUGAGGCACAAGGCUGGGGAAGGUUACAGAAAAAUUUCUGCUGCUCUGAAAGUUCCAAUGAGCACAGUGGCCUCCAUUCUGAUUCUUCUGUGGAGAGAGGAGAACCUUACAGAAUGACAACCAUCUGUGCAGCAAUCCACUAAUAAGGCCUGUAUGGUAGAGUGCCCAAACUGAAGCCACUCCCCAUCUGGAAUUUGCCAAAAGGCAUCUGAAGGUUUCUCAGACCAUAAGAAACAAAAUUCUCUGGUCUGAUGAGACUAAAAUUAAACUCUUUGGAGUGAAUGUCAAGUGUUACGUUUAGAGAAAACCAGGCACCGCUCGUCACCAGGCUAAUACCAUCCCUACAGUGAAGCAUGGUGGUGGCAGCAUCAUGUUGUGGGGAUGUUUUUCAGCAGCAGGAACUGGAAGACUAGUCAGAAUAGAGGGAAAGAUGAAUGCAGCAAUGUACAGAGACAUCCUGAAUGAAAACCUGCUUCAUAGUGCUUUUGACCUCAGACUGGGGCGACGGUUCAUCUUACAGAAGGACAAUGAUCCAAAGCACACCGCAAAAAUAUUAAUGAAGUGACUUCACAACAACUCAGUGAAUGUCCUUGAGUGGCCCAGCCAGAGCCCAGACCUACAUCCCAUUGAACAUCUCUGGAGAGAUCUGAAAAUGGCUGUACACUGUCACUUCCCAUCUAACCUGAUAGAGCUUGAGAGGUACUGCAAAGAGGAAUGGACAAAAACUUAUGUACAUGUGAUUUUUCAGGUGUUUUAUUUGUAAUAAUUUGCUACAAUUGAAAAAACUCUUUUUUUCACAUUGUCAUUAUUGGGUAUUGUGUGUAGAAUUUUGAGGAAAUAAAUGAAUUCAAUCCAUUCUGGAAUAAGGCUGUAACAUAAACAACUGUGGAAAAAGUGAAGUGCUAUGAAUACUUUCCGGAUGCACUGUAUUUAGUUCACCAUUUGUGGAUGGAUGUGGAUGUUUUUUUAAUUAUCAUCAUCAUCAUCAUCAUCAAAGCCUUUCAAUUCAAUGAUAAUCUAUAUUGUAUCAUAAAUAUGAACUGUAAUCUGUCUGAUAAAAAAAACAUUCAGGUAGUGUGGUCUAGUAGGCCAAGAUUAGGUACAGUAUAAAUGUAAAUAUAUGUUAUAAUUAAGUAUUACUCAGAAUUUUCACAACAUCAGGUUUAAUGCUGUCUCAGAUGAAUCAUAAUCAGAUUUAUAGAGUAGAAUAAAUGUACAAAUAUAUAUAAAGAAAAAUAUGAGAAUGAUAAUCCAACCAAGUUGUAGGGUGUUUGUUAGAUUUGGAUGUACUUUGGAUGUACAAUGGGCACAAAAAGUACACUUAGAUCACACCUUUGUAAAAUAUUAUUUAUAAACUAUUUAAGUUUCAUACAAUAUUAACCAGGUGGCUCAAUGGUUAGCACUGUCGCCUCACAGCAAGAAGGUCAUUGGUUCGAGUCCCAGCUGGGUCCACAUGUUUAUGUGGAGUUUGCAUGUUCUCCCCGUGUUCGUGUUUCCUCUAGCUUCUUCGGUUUCCCACACUAUCCAAAGACAUGCGGUAUAGGUGAAUUGGGUAGGCUAAAUUGUUCGUGGUGUAUGUGUGUGAAUGGGAGUGUAUGGGUGUUUCCCAGUGAUGGGUUGCAGCUGGAAGGGCAUCCACUGCGUAAAACAUAUGCUGAAUAAGAGACUAAGCUGAAAAGAAAAUCAAUGAAUGAACAUUAAAUAGGUGGCUCCGUGGUUAGCACUGUCGCCUCACAGCAAGAAGGUCGUUGGUUUGAGUCCCAGCUGGGUCAGUUGACAUUUUUAUGUGGAGUUUGCAUGUUCUCCCCGUGUUCACGUGGGUUUCCUCCGGCUGCUCUGGUUUCCGCCACAGUCCAAAGACAUGCGAUAUAGGUCAAUUGAAUAAGCUAAAUUGGCCAUAGUAUGUGUGUGAAUGAGUGUGUAUGGUUGUUUCCCAGUACUGGGUUGCAGCUGGAAGGGCAUCCGCCGUGUAAAACAUGCUAGUAUAGUUAAUAGUUAACACCUAAUGAAUAAGGGGACUAAGCUGAAGAAAAAUGAAUCAAUAAUAUGAACUAAAAUAUUUUGCUUAUUAGUUGACAUCUGCUAAUUUGAGACAGUGGUCCCAGCAUUGAACCCAGGGGUACACCACAUGUUAAAUGGGCUUUGAUCAGUGCUGUAAAAAGAUUGAAAUCUGUGUUCACCAAUGAAAGCAACUUUGUAUUCACCAAUGAUUUCACAACAUUAUUUAUUCUAUUUUAAAUACAUUCACUGAAUAUAUCUGAGGUCGAAACCAUCUUCACCAGCAGAUAGAUACUGUGUUUGUGAUGGUUUCAAAGCGUUUUAAUUGCUGUUGUUGUUUUUUUUUAGAUCAACGUAUAUGUUUAGGAAGCUCCUAGAUAUAUCCUCUCUACAAAGUAUUUUGGUCUGACCUAAUCAGGUUAGUGAUAACAGAGAGUUGUGUGGUGGACUGGUAACUCAGUAUAUUUAGAGCUAAAUGUCAGUGACUUGGAGCUCAGUGUUUGUUGUUGUUCAGAUGAACUGGUCUUCCACUUAUUAAUAUUAUUGCUAUGCCUGUGUCUAAGAAAACAAACGUGUUCUUUAUUUUUUAAAUAAACUUAAUUUAUAAUUUUGAGCUUCAGUUGUUGCUCUGGAGGUUUGAUUGAUAUCAGAAAUUAAGCCAUACUGUAUGAAUAAAGUUUUUAAAAAGUGUU